GCUUCGCAAGAUCUGUCGGGCAACAUGAUCCCCGUCUGGUCCUUCCUCCUCUAUCGUAUCUGCUCCGAGUGCACCGUCGCCACCAUGCGGCGCAACAUCCUUGUCCAUGGCAUCGCAGCCAAACGGGCACAGGGGGGCGGACCCGGCGACGGCACGGUUGAUGUGGUGGCCAAGGAGGCCGAGGCAAGGGAGCGGGACCUCGCGGUGGCUAGAUCUGGUGGCGUCCUCACUCAUCUCGGACCCCCACCUCGCCCUGCGCCGCCUCCAUGGCCUCCCCUUCUAGCGCCUGCCUCGCAGUUCGACCCGCACCUCUCCAUCUUCUCGCCCUUCGAGGUGGAGUCCAUGGUGGAGGAUGAGACCGUCGACAUCAUCCCAAAUAUCCACAUGGACACCCUCAACAUGAUAUGUGGGGGUUUUGGACUCUUCUUCCCACAAAUUCCGAGCAAGGUGCCUCUGUGGCUCGCUGUGGCACUCAAGAAACGUGGCAAGUGCACCAUCCACACCUCUGAGUGGAUGAUUGUAGAACGCUUGACACAUGUAUUAGACUUAGAAAGAGAGUCACCUAGAGAAUUCCAGCCACUGUCAUUCCACUAUAUUGAAAUAUCUAUGCUUUUGUUCGAUCAUGCUGGUGAUGACAUCUCAGAUGCAUACUUGGUUAGUUCCGAACAAUCUCGAUAG